AAAAAAAGUAAUAAUAAGAUGUCUGGGGAAUAAUAAGAGUAGAUAUGAAGGAAGAGAGGGGCAUGCCUGUUCUUGUCUCCUCCUUCUUCAUCGUUCUCCUGUCUUUUCAUUUUGUUCUUUAUGUUCGCCAUUUGGUCUUCCACACUCGGACCCACCAUCCUUCUUGUUCAGGAAUCUUGAAAAUUUUCUUAUAAAGAAUCUCAACUUCAUCGAAGCCAAAAGAAGAAAGAAACAUAGCAAAUCAAGAAAGAGAGAUAACAAUGGAGAUGAAGAAAGAUCUUAGAGUUGAGGAAGAGAACAUGUGUACAUCGUUGUUGACUGCUUUUGUUGUUCUCUCAAUGGCUUGUCUAAAACAUUUCUACUCAGUAUCUUAUUUGAUCGAGCAAUGGCGUUCUUUAGUCUUUCUUGUACUCAACGUUGUUCUCUUAGCUGUUUACUUCACGUCGACUCGUCCUAUUCCCGGUGAGUCUCACGAUUUCAAGACUCGUCGUGGAAGUAGAAUGAGGAUGGUGAGAGGGAAAAGGACAAAGAAGAUUAGGAAGAUAAGGAUGGUGGAGGAACCAGCUCUUCCCGAAGUCGAGCCAAAGGAAGUGAUCAAGAACUGUGUCGUGGAGGAGAAGAAAAUGGUUUGUCCUGAAUUCGAGGAAACUGUGAAAGAUUGCUUGCUUCACAAGAAAGACUAUAAUGAAGAAGAAGAUGAAUUUGAGCCAGGGAGGUUAUCGAAUGAGGAGCUGAACGAGAGAGUAGAGGCGUUCAUUACAACGUUCAGACAACAUUUAGUUAUUGAUGCGCGGAGAGGUAGAUACAGAGAAACUGACCUGAAGAUGAGAUCAAAAGACUCUGACAUUAGUUUUUUAGGUCGAGAGGUCACUUGUUCGGUUUAAUAGUUUCUAAGCAAAUGUUUUUUCUUUCUUUGUUAAGAUUCGUUCGGUUUUGUUCUUUUUUUUUUUGUGGGUUUGAGCUAAAUAGUUCAUAAGAUCGCAUCUUUUUUUUUUUUUACUGAUGUAAUGUCAUAAGAACACAUGACUAUAAAAGUGUCUCAGUUGCAUACAUCACUACAUUUCUAGUUGAC